AUGCCAAAUCACUUAUUCAGAACACACCCAAGAACUUAUGGAAAAGAUUCCAGAGGUAAUUCGCAUCUUAAUUUGUUAGAGUGCAGAGUAUGUGGUGCUAGAUAAGGUUUGAUCAGAAAAUAUGGUAUGAAUGUCUGCAGAAGAUGUUUUAGAGAAAAUUAUGAAUUGAUUGGUUUCCAUAAGGUAAAUAUUUAAACAUAAUUCAGUACAAUUGA